GUACCGCAACCAGUUCCUGCCCAAAGAUAUCAAUGAUCGUCGGAUAUGCGCGAACCAAGAUGGAGCACGACGAGUACAUUCGUCGCAUCCGGUCCUACAUGAAGACCCCCACCAAGGAGAUUGAACAGCAGCUGAACGACUUUUGCAACCUCUGCACAUACGUCUCAGGCCAAUACGACAAGGAUGAGUCCUUCCUCGCCCUGAACGACCAUCUUGAGAAGCUCGAGUCCGGCAAGCCCGAGACCCAUCGUCUUUUCUACAUGGCUCUCCCCCCCAGCGUCUUCACCAUCGUGUCCCAGCACCUGAAGAAGUGCUGCUACCCCAGCAAGGGCAUUGCCCGCGUUGUCGUCGAGAAGCCCUUCGGCAAGGAUCUCGCCAGCUCUCGCGAGCUGCAAAAGUCGCUCGAGCCUGACUGGAAGGAGGACGAGCUCUUCCGCAUUGACCAUUACCUUGGCAAGGAGAUGGUGAAGAACAUCCUCAUCCUUCGAUUCGGUAACUCAUUCUUCGGCGCCACAUGGAACAGGCAGAACAUCGACAACGUGCAGAUCACAUUCAAGGAGCCUUUCGGCACCGAGGGCCGUGGUGGCUACUUUGACGAGUUUGGCAUCGUUCGCGAUGUCAUGCAGAACCAUUUGCUUCAGGUGUUGACCCUGCUUGCCAUGGAGCGACCCAUAUCCUUCUCCGCCGAGGACAUCCGCGACGAGAAGGUCCGCGUGCUGCGCGCCAUCCCCGCGAUCGAGCCCAAGAAUGUUAUUAUCGGUCAGUACGGCAAGUCGCUGGACGGCAGCAAGCCGUCGUACAAGGAAGACGACACUGUCCCCAAGGACUCGAGGUGCCCCACGUUCUGCGCCUUGGUCGCCUACAUCAAGAACGAGAGGUGGGACGGAGUGCCCUUCAUCAUGAAGGCCGGCAAGGCUCUUAACGAGCAGAAGACGGAAAUCCGCAUUCAGUUCAAGGAUGUCACGUCGGGUAUCUUCAAGGACAUCCCCCGCAACGAGCUCGUCAUGCGUAUCCAGCCCAACGAGUCGGUCUACAUCAAGAUGAACUCCAAGCUCCCCGGCCUCAGCAUGCAGACGGUCGUCACUGAGCUCGACCUCACCUACCGCCGCCGUUUCUCCGACCUCAAGAUCCCCGAGGCCUACGAGUCUCUCAUCCUCGACUGCCUCAAGGGCGACCACUCCAACUUUGUGCGCGACGACGAGCUGGACGCCAGCUGGAGGAUCUUCACGCCCCUGCUGCACUACCUGGACGAUAACAAGGAGAUCAUCCCCAUGGAGUACCCCUACGGUUCUCGCGGCCCUGCCGUUCUCGACGACUUCACUUCUUCCUACCGAUACGAGUUUAGUGAUGCUGCUGGUUACCAAUGACCGACGACUGCGGCUUCGGCACCUAACAAGCUCUAAGUCAAGCGCGGAGCUUACGUUUUCUCCUCGCGUUCUCUCGAUAUCUUACGACAGA